ACGCGCUGCUCAUCUGCACUUUACAUCUGAUGUUAGCGGCGGAAUGGCGCGUCAGUGAUGCUUACACAACAUGUCAACAAGCUAUUUACUUUUAUUCCUCAUUCCGACCGGACAUUACGUUUUCACACACAGCAGCACGCAUAGUGCCAUGCGCACAGCUCGCGGAAUUCGCGUGGGUGAGGGGAGGGUGAGGGGAUGGGUGCAGGGAGGGUGAGGGGAUGGGUGCAGGGAGGGUGAGCAAAGUCCUCCGUCGUUUUCACACCACUGCGCGCCUCCAGUGCCAGCUCAGCACCGCUUGGUCUCCAGUUCUCUCCGACAGCUACAAAGAUGUGUCCGCACUUUCCCAUGCAGGAGAGCUCUCCUAAAUAGGAGAUAAUCUUCAGUGGAACGUGAGCCAUCACAGGGGCUCGCUAUAAGACUAUUACACAAGGUGACAUCUUGUUUCUGCACCGCUGACAAGACAGUUAUACUCAUUAACCCCAGGGCUAGCGACAAACACCAGCUCCCCCCACAUGGCUGUCACCUCCACCAUCGCGCGCGGCAUCACCCAAACCUUAGAGCAGAUGUCCCCCUACCAGAACUCCCUGUCCAGCUCGCCCUACAACCAGACUCCGGGCGACGGGUCGCUGGCGUUCGAAACCCAGGGAGGGAGCAGCAAUGGAACCCAUCUUCUUCCGCUGCCCACCUACUACUCCGCGCUGUAUCGCGCCAUCGCCGUCACCCUCAGCUCCAUCAUCUUCACCGUCGGCUUCGUCGGCAACGUGUUGGUGGUCAUCGUCAUCGCGAGGACGAGGUCGAUGCACACCACCACCAACUGCUACCUGCUGUCUCUGGCGGUGGCGGACUGUCUGGUGUUGCUGGCCGCCACCCUACCUGCCGUACCCGAAACGUUUUUCCAGGUGGACGAGUGGCCGUUCGGCCGCGCCCUGUGCUCCAUCCUCAUCUACGCCCAGUACGCCGGCAUCGACGCCUCCUCCCUGUCCAUCGCCGCCUUCACGGUGGAACGCUACAUCGCCAUCUGCCAUCCGAUACGUGCGCAGACCAUCUGCACCGUAUCGCGGGCCAAGCGCAUCAUCCUGGCGCUGUGGUUGUUCACUGUCGUGUACUGCGGGCCGUGGCUGUGGUUGACGGACCUGCGGGUCGUGACCCAAGCAGGAGGAGGAGCCAUCAUGCGAUGUGAGUUCCGCCUGGCGCGAGCCUCAUACCUCACGCUGUACAUGAUCGACCUCAUCCUCUUCUACUUCCUGCCAUUCGUCAUCUCCGCGGUCCUCUACUGCCUCAUCGGUCGCAUCCUACUCAUCACCAGCCUCCAGCAUGCCCGCGACCGACACAAGCGUGCAGCCCCGGAGCGCCACCGACCGUUUGACAAGGGCAGACAACAAGAAAAGGUAGCCAAGCGCAGGUCCGACUCCAGAGUACAGGUUAUUCGCAUGCUGAUUGUGGUGGUGGUGGUCUUCGCCACCCUCUGGAUGCCCUACCGUGUCAUGGUGGUCUACAACUCGUUUGCCGAGCACAAGUACCUGAACCUCUGGUUCCUCAUGUUCUCGCGGACCCUCAUCUACAUCAACUGCGCCAUCAACCCUAUCCUCUACAAUGUCAUGUCAGUCAAGUUUCGUCGUGCCUUCAAGAACCAUCUGUGUUGCGUUACGCCAUCUGUGUGCAGAACUAAGCGCCACUCAUCUCACCCACAACAAGAAGGUCAUGGACCUGCAGGUCACGGCCAGUCAGGUCACCACAUGAAGGUUAUUCUCCUGGAAUGGGUCAAAGGUAGUAACAAGAUGAAUGUACAAUUGUCUAACCAGCGAUUCUAUAGCACAGACGACAAAACGGAAGAAUUAAGUGGAGAAAUGGAUAAAAUACAACAAUGUCUCCCGGGCAGGACCUCACGAAAUCCAAGAGCUGCUCCUGGACAAACGAGGGCAGAACAUUCACUGUCUAUGGACCUAGUGGAAAAUAAUAAAAUGAUGAACAGGUAUAACAAGGGGUGUGACAAAGGAGUUUCCAGGAAGGACAGCAGACUGCUACCUAGGACACUAAGCUUUCAGUGAGCUACCUUGUAGAGAACUGUCAUACAUUUAUGUGUUUGUGGCAUUAGUUUGCUUCCUUCCUUCCUUCUGUAAUUGAAGAUCAUGCUUUAAGGAGAUGCUUCUGUCAGUAUGGAACUGGCCUUUGUUGUACAUUUGUUCGGAAUUAUGUUUAGUCUAUAACUUCCAACUGUUAAAGACAAAAUAAAAUGUCCGAAAAACGAGCAAGAAUUGAUUUUGUAGCAUUUUAAACAAAUUUGCUUGAUACCCGAGUGUUAUUGCGCUUAUAACACAGAGUUGGUCAAGACAUGUUUUUAUGUUCUUCAUCAGUAGGAAGGAUCCACGAAGGUCUUCUAGUGCAUCCAGUACUUAUCAUGUUAGUAAUGCUAAAGGCUUAGUAACUGUAACCAAAAAAGCAUGGCUUGAAAUUUGUAAAUCUUUAUCUCAGCCCUGGUGCGCAGUAGGGACCACCCGUAUCCUCGGGAAAAGGCUCAGAAGAUCCCAGAGUACAGACACAAAAUAUUUCUACUAUUUAAUUAUUUUAAGGGCUUACUGAGUUUAAAAAACUAGCAUGGCUUCGAUUUUUUGCGACCUUUCUACCAAUAUUUUAGUUUGGUGUCAAUACCGAGACAUCAGUUGUCUGCACCUGCCUAACUCCCUUGAAAGUCUCAGACAGACGAUGUUUCUCUGUCUCGCCCUCGCUCUUCGCAGCAUCGCUGACAAUGUUGACGAAACCAUGGAUAAUCCAGCGAAAGACUCGGAUCAAUCACAAUCGUCUGGCCCAGCGAAGAGAGGGAGAGAGAGGUUGGAGGUCUGGCAUCCUUUCCAGCUCUUGGGGCGGGUUGGGGGAUGACGGGUCCCCAGAGAGUUCAAAGGGCGACUGGACGAGGGCUGUACCGCCGGUAAUGGUGCGAGCGCAAAUGUCUGGAUGCCAUUAGCGGGCAAUGGGAGUUUAGUCCAACACGAUGUCUGUACGGGGCUGUUCACACUAAAUAGCAACUGGUCUGUCAUUAAUACACAUUUGUCCUGUGCAAACACCGCGUUUCUCAAGCGUAAACACAAAAUUGUCCUGAGUUAGCCCCACCACUUAUCUUUUAUACCUCCGCACACACCCACAUUACUCCACUGCAAUAUAUAUAUAUCUAACACUCUGUGGGAAUUUGAGUUUAUAUUCAUUUGUUUAGAUAUAUAAGUUUUCAAGAUGUUUAAAUGUUCACAAGUUUUAUUUUCUUGAAUGAUAUUUCGUUAAUGAAUUCAACCCACCAUGAAUUAUUAUAAUGUUUUAUAAAUCCGAUUGUAAUAGGCUAUGAGCUUACAAUAAACAAAAUCAAAGUCUCGUUCACGGCACAGUAAGGGCAGCAAUGAAGAAACUUUGUAAGUAUUUGAAAGACAGAAAUCAAAAGGAGCUCAGCAUUCCACCUGGUACCCGGGCACCCUGCCCAAGAACGACCGACGAUAGCAGCUGAAUGCAAAGCAGGAUUUAUGUCGACUCAUCAUCCAAAAACAUCAUACAGCACUUCAGGCAAAAUUAUUUGUGCAGACGACAGUAGCUCCACGGAGACCAGGAUGUAAGGAGACGAUGGCCAAAGAACGGAGGAGACUGUGAGUUGUUUAGAGCCGAUGUCUUGUUCCUGCUGUUAGUACCCUGUCCUACGACUGCCGAUGGAAGCAGCUCCCUGGAGACCAGGAAUGGUCGGCCUGCAGGACUGAAAUAAAGAUAAAAACUUCCAGGAAUAGUUUGUAUACUCUGAUACUUUCUGGGUGUGUGACAUAUUGUAGAAGACGCUUGAUCGUUGAAGAAUGAGAUGAGGUCACUGGGAUGGAGCUGCCAGCUUCUUGUUGUCCCGGUGUUUAUUUCUUCAGCCGAUUCCAGAAACAUCCAUGACAUCCAACACUUCCAUGAUCGACAAAAAAAUAAAAAAUGAACUUAGUGUGGAUUGUUCUGAAAUUAAAAUCAUUAUAAAAUAGCAAAGGAUUACGCUUCACGAUGUGUAUUGUACUGUUUGUGAUGGAAAUGUGCCAAUAGGAUAAACUGCACAAAUAUUUCAUAAUAGCUAAAGUUACAUUGUAAAUGCUAAGAUUACAUGUUUUAAUUUGGUGUUACUCAGUUUUAGGCUGUGUGUAUUGUUUUUAUCACUAUUAUUUGCCUUUCCAGGAACAAGUAAACCAGAUUUCAAAAAUGAAUAUUGUACAUGAUUGCACGCGUAAUCUCUUUCGCAAUUGUUGUGUCUUCUUCUCGUGUUUUCUCAAGAAAGAGUGAAGGAAUAAAGAAUAAAGUUGA